CCAUUAACAGCUCCCCUCCAUCUUCAACCUUCCCCCACUCUCACAACUUCUCCGGUUUCCAUCUUCCUUCGUAAUCUUCGUAAUUUCGCUAUCGAAUCGCUUCCUUUACAGCGGUUCCGCAACCGAGAAACUUUGUUCUUCGCAGUAAUGGCCGGCAAGCGGUUGCUGCACCAGUUGCUGGAUGAAGAGCAGGAGCCUUUCCACCUGAAGAGCUACAUUGCACGCCGGAAAUCGCAGUUCGGUAAACAUUCGCCGCCGGCGUCCGGUUUGCAGCUCAGAAAACGGAGGAGAAGUAGUUUCUGUUUUUUCCCCUUCCAUCAAUCGCCGGACGUGGAUUUCCAAUCGCCGGCGGAUAUGAUCCCCUGUAAGUCCCCUGUGUUCCUCCGCGUUCCGCCUCCGACCGCCGCACUCCUCGCCAACGCCGCCGUGAGGAUCCAGAACCAGCAGGGGAAGGUGCGAUUUGGAAUUCUAGGGUUUGGAGCUUUUCUUAAGAAGCUGAAGGAUGGGAAUAAUAAACAGAAGCAGAAACGGCGUGCGGUUAAAGGAGAGACUAGUAAGGUUCUCGAAGCUUCUAGAAACUUUGAGGUCGAAUCGAUGAAUGGUCAGUGUUCAUCAUCGCCGACUCCGUCCUCCAGCGACCGUACGCCGAAAUUAUGCUCUCCUCCGGUCUCCUCUCCCCACCGCCUCGAAAAACAGGAACCAACAAAUUCUGACAACGAAGCCGAAGAACACCGCAGUCCAGUCUCAGUAUUGGAUCCAAUCUUCGACGAACACGACGACAAUCACAGAAGCAGCAGCAGCAGCAGCAGCAGCUACGCAAAUGUCCAAAAAGUGAAGCAACAACUUUUGCGUAGGCUCCGAAGAUUUGAAAAACUCGCGGAGCUUGAUUUGGGGGAGCCCGAGAAAAGCUUUCCGGAUAAUGAUUCUCACAGCGAUGAAUGGGAAGUGUGCACUCGAGUAUCCGACUAUCAUGGGGCGUCGUGCAACAAACAACGGGGUGUUGGGCUCAUCGACCGAUAUGAUGAGCCUAGCAACGAGAAAAUAAUUUGUUCCGGAACGGGUAGCCAUGUAUGGGGUCGAGUUUGCAAGAUGAAGAUCGAAUCAUGGAAACAAGAACUCAAGAUCACCGACAAGAUCGUCGAGGGUGAGUUGAAGAACGAGUGCCAUCGGAGAUGGACAAAAUUUUCCGAGCAAGUCGAAGAGACGACGGAAGAAGUCGAACUUGAAAUUGUUGAAACUUUGGUGGAAGAAUUGUUAGAGGGGAUGCUCUUUGGUACGUUUCCAUGUUCAUCAAAUUUUUUAUAUUUAAAAUUUCGAGAUUUUUAUAUAUUUGAUUAAUAAUUAA